ACUACUAUCUAUAUGUAUCCCAUCUAUGUAGCUGACAAUUCUUUUCUGCCCAUCUUUGGUCCUCAAUAGCAACUCUCUGUACUACUGUUGCUGUAAGUAUAUAUAUACCCAGAAUCACUACACUUACUUUGUUCUUCCUCCCAAUAUUGCCAUAAAAAAAAAAAAAAAAAAAAAAAGAAUAAUCAAUAAUUAAGAUACUCAAGAAAAAUGGGAAGAUCACCAUGUUGUGAUAAAGUGGGAAUAAAGAAAGGACCAUGGACUCCUGAAGAAGAUCAAAAGCUCUUGGCUUACAUUCAAGAACAUGGUCAUGGCAGUUGGAGAGCUUUGCCUUCAAAGGCUGGGCUGCAAAGAUGCGGGAAGAGUUGCAGGUUGAGAUGGAUAAACUAUCUAAGACCUGAUAUUAAGAGAGGAAAAUUUAGUCUUCAAGAAGAACAGACCAUUAUUCAGCUUCAUGCUCUUUUGGGUAACAGAUGGUCGGCCAUAGCAACCCAUUUAUCAAAGAGAACAGAUAAUGAAAUCAAGAAUUAUUGGAAUACUCAUCUUAAGAAACGGCUAAUUAAGAUGGGGAUUGAUCCAGUGAGUCACAAGCCGAAAAAUGAUACUCUUAUGUUCAAUGAUGGUAGUGUAAAGAGCACGGCUAACUUGAGCCACAUGGCUCAGUGGGAGAGUGCUAGGCUCGAAGCUGAAGCUAGAUUAGCAAAACAAUCUAAGAUUCGCUUCAAUAACAGCCCGCUCUCCAACAAAGUGAACUCGGUAUAUUCACUAACCUCUACACUUGGAAUAGGCUCAAGGCACCUUGAUACAAAUAAAACUUGUAGCAAAGUUCUAGAUAACGCGAAUGCAAGUGGAGAUACGGAAUCAUCAACAUCAACUCAUUCAACCACCAAAUUUUACGAGCUAGUCAUUGGGGCAAACAAAUCAUUAGCGUCACGCAAUGAGGAAAUAACACGAGAAGAAUGUGAAAAAGUUGAGGAAUACAAAGAUAAUGAGAAUGGAAAAGAGGGGUUUAAUGACUUGACCAUAUCAGCCAUAGAUAACAAUACAUGGACUAAUGAUGAGCCAUUGCAACCAAUCAACAUUAAUGACAAUUUCUUGGAACAGUUUACUGAUCUUUUGUUAUGUAAUUCAAACAUUGGUGGCCGGUUGACGAAAAGUACCAAUUCAGAUAUCGGUCUUGUUUGUGAUGACAAAUUUAGCGAGACUACUGAAGAUAAUAAAGGUUACUAUGAAGAUAAGAGCAAGAAUUAUUGGGAUAACAUUCUUAAUCUGAUAAGUUCUUCACCAUCUAAUUCUCUUAUGUUUUAGGAACACCAUGUACGUACUCCUCUGUUACUUGGUCAUGUUUUUUUGUUUGUCAUUUUAAAGAGUUGUGAAAUGCUUGCACGUGUGUAUCGAAAUAAAUAUGUAGAUUUGUAGAGUU